AAAUCUAGGGCUUUUUAUAGUCUCUUGACCUAAUUCCUAAAACCUAGUAUCGUCCCCACACCAUUGCCCUAUAGAUUGCAAUUUCCUUACUGUGAUAACAAUGGCAGACCACAUGCCCAAUGAUUUGUUAACUGAAAUUCUGGCAAGACUACCAGUGGUUUCUCUGCUUCGAUUCAAAUCUGUGUGCAAACCAUGGUAUUCUCUCAUCACAAGCCCUAGUUUCGUCACCAAACACCUCAACCAAUCCAUUACUAACACCGAAAGCAACGGCGACAAGCUUCUCCUUAGGCUUUACGAUGAUAAGAAAGAGCGAUAUCUAUUACUCAAUGAUGAUGACGAAUUCGGUGACGAGUAUUCAGAACUGGAGUUACCAUUUGAACUCCCGUUUGGGUGUUAUAGGGUAGUGGGUAGCUACAAUGGGUUGUUAUGUCUAUCUGAUGAUUACUACUCAAGUGGUCAGCCACAGAUUAUUAUAUGGAACCCGUCGACUAGAAACUCAGUAAUAAUUCUUCCUACGGCCCCUAAGCCACAAUGCCCGUAUGUAUCUGUUUAUGGAUUUGGUGCCCACCCGACAACUCAGGAGUAUAAGGUGAUUAGGCUCGAGUAUAAGCUUCAAUCUCUCUUUAAACUUCCUCCGAAAGUUGAAAUUUACACGCAAGGAACAAGAUCGUGGAGAGGCAUCAGUUCUGCUCCUCCUCAUUGUUUUCUCACUUCUAGGUGGUCUCAGGCGUUUUUGAAUGGCGUCGUGCAUUGGGUUUAUGAAUCAUUCUGUGAGUGUGUUCCUCCUAACUUGAUUAUGUCAUUCGAUAUGGCUUCUGAAUCAUUCUCAGUGCUUAUGCUACCAACUACACUAGCCGAGGAACCUUGGACACCCAUCUUAUAUUCUGUUAAGUUAUUCGGGGAAUCGCUGGCUCUGUUUUGCGAUGGACAAAGCUAUGACAAUACCUGCUGCAUUUGGGUGAUGAAAGAAUAUGGAGUUGCAGAAUCUUGGACUAAGUUAUUCACUUUUAAAAUAUUAGGAAUGCCACACAAGAUAUUCGGGUUCAGGAAAAAUGGUGAAGUUUUGCAAGCAUCGAAAACAUCUCUGGCUUCUUAUGCCCCUGCAACCGAAACACUGCGAGAUACAGGAAUUAUGAUUAGUUUAAGUGCACUAGUUUCCUUUGAUUCUUUCAGGGAAACCCUUGUUUUAGUGGAAUAA